AUGGAAUCUCCCUCGUCUUACGCUGGCCACAAGCGCAAGGUCGACGACAUGAGUUCAUCAGACGAAGAUGAUGCGCGACCAACCACCGGUUUCCGUGGCUUCGCCAGAGCCCGCGAGCGCUCCGAAUCACCUCCUACGAUGGGUGGCUUGGGUAGCGCUGCCCGCAACCCUUGGAAAAAUAUGGCCAACGCAGCGCCAGCGGCACCCCUCACGGUGGCGCUGCCCCCCGUGGAGGACAAGGCAUGGGAGGAAACUCGUUCGCCGCGCGCAUGA